AAACCUCUGUUUGUCGUUGGUACUCUGCUCUCAGCAGACGCCAGCUAAGCUUGGCCAUGAAGCUCCUCUAUCUUCUUGUGGGUGUUGCCUUCUUGGUCUUCCAGACCCAGGCUCAGGACGGGGCCGUGGCACAGGAUGAGUCUGAGGCCCAAGAUCUGGAUGAGAUGGAAGAGGAGGCUGAGGAUGAGUUUGUGGAAGCAGAAGAUGUCGCUGGUAUGGGAUCUCCAGAGCUUGCAAGGAAAGAUCGUCCCCGCUGCCGAAAAGGACUGUUUUGCAGACCCAAGUGUGGACGGAAAGAACAUGUAAUUGGGACCUGUCCCAAAGGGCUGAUUUGUUGUCGAAUCCUCUAAGCCAGCACCAUCCUGAGAGCAGAAGGAAACCACAAGUUAGUUCAACACGUCUGAGAAACUGUAAUUCCUUUCUUGAACAUAAAUCCAUAGCAUUGA